AUGGUGUCUCUUCCAAAAACCAUGAAGGCCGUGUGGAUUGAAGAAACAGGCGGAACAGACGUUCUACAGUAUAAGACUGACAUUCCCGUUCCGGAGCCUAAGGAGGGAGAGGUGCUUGUUAAAAACGAGUUCAUUGGGAUCAACUAUAUUGACACCUACUUCCGCUCAGGCAUCUACCCAGUACCCAAGUUCCCGUACAUCCUAGGCCGCGAAGGGAGCGGGACGAUUGCUGCAGUCGGGCCCAACGUCCCCUCGGAUCUCACGCCCAACAAACGUGUCGUUUACAUGGGCCAACACGCCUACGCUGAGUAUACGCCGGUCACGGCCAACUAUACUAUUCCGAUUCCCGACGAGAUUAGCACCAAGGAUGCCGCUGCUGCGAUUCUUCAAGCUCUGACUGCAAUUACCCUGAUUCGGGAAGCGCAUCCUGUGAAAAAAGGGGAAUGGGUGCUUGUUACAGCGGCUGCGGGUGGCGUUGGACUGUUGUUAUGUCAGUUGCUAAAAGCCGUCGGGGCGCGGACGAUUGCAACUGCGAGUACUCCAGAGAAGCGGGAGUUAGCCAAGCAGAAUGGAGCCGAAGUACUACUCGCCUACCAUGAAGAAGAUAGAGAUAAGUUCGUCGAGGAAGUGUUGCAGGCGACGGGAGGAGAGGGCGUGGCUGCUGUCUUCGAUUCAGUGGGCAAGGUUACGUUUGAUGCGUGUUUGAAGUGCGUGAAGAGGAAGGGAAGUAUGGUGAGCUUUGGGAACGCGAGUGGAGCUGUAGAACCAUUCUCUAUUGCCCGACUCUCCCAGAAGAACGCAAAGUUGCUCCGUCCAGCGCUCAUCGCUUACAUCACCACGAGGGAUGAGCUACAAAUGUAUGCCACCGAGCUAUGGGACUUUAUUGACAAGAAGAAGUUGAACGUGCGGAUCCAUGAGGUGUAUCCCUUGAAGGACGUUGUAAGGGCUACUCAGGAUAUCGAAGGCAGGAAGACGACGGGCAAGCUGCUACUCCAGCCGUAGGUAGGAAAUACUUAAGAAGGAAUAUCUAUUCCAUUGUCCGUCGAAACCGAACUUUAGUCUUGAUCCGGGAGUCUCCCACAUCUUUCUCAUCCUUACUUGAAAUAUGAUAGACGUGUUCCCAUGUGGUCGGUAUGGUCCGGCGGGCCGCUUCACAGUAUGCUCUUGUAUAUUGUGUGGAGUUGUUAUUGAGACCUAGGAGGUCCUUGCCCUCGCAGUGGCACUUCUCUGAUGAUAAUUCCUCGUGAAUCUUUCACUUACAGUCGGUUUUAACGAGGCGUUUACCGUAAUACCAUUAAGCUAAGGUAAAUAAAAUGGACUCAGU